AUGACAUCGAAAAAGCAAUUGUCAACCAACAAUGGUAAUUCUGGGUCUUUGACCUGGAAUAAAGCCAUGGAUGAUGCUCUUGUUGAUGCUCUCAUGCAAGAAUUUGAAAACGGUAACAAAGUUAACGGUACCUUUACGUCAAUAGCAUAUAAAAAUGUUACAGAUGAACUCGUGAGAUUGUUUGGUGACCAAAUUGAUAAGGUGAAGAUACAAAAUCGUUGGAAAACUUUGAAAAGAAACUACAGUGAGUAUCACGAAAAUUUUAAAGGUGGUAUGAGUGGGUUUUCUUGGAAUUCAACUACACAGUUAUGGGAUGCGGAAGAACCAGUUUGGGCUGCUCUAAUUGAGUCGAAACCAAAAGCAGCACAUUGGAGAGUUGAUUCAUUUCCAAACUAUAAAAAGAUAUCAAUACUUCAUGGGCCUAACCGAGCUGAUGGAGAUGAAUCUGGAACUUUUAAAGAGACCGGAAAACGAGGGGCAUCGAUCACUGAGGAAGAUUUUGUUGAAACUAUUCAAGAUAUUGAUGACCGUGUUGCUCGGAAUGAGGUAACUUUGGAGAGCUUUGAUGCUCCUGAUUAUGACUUUACUUUACCUGAAACACAAUCAUAUGAUCCUUCAACCAUGGCAAGUGGUGGAAAAAGGAAGAGAUUGAAAGUGGCUAAGAAUAAAGAGACAUAUAAUGAUAUUAUUGAACUUAAAGAGUCAAUGAAAGUGGUUGCAGAGGCACUCAGAGAAGGAAAUGUUGCAAUACGGGAAGGAAAUGAAAUAACGAGAGAACGUCAUAAACACGAGUUGCCUCCAAUUUCAGGAGAAGAGACUUGGAAUUUAUUAGAGGAGUGUGAAUGUGACCCAAAUUCAUUGCCUAAGAUAUAUCGUGUUGUCAUGAAAGAUGUAGACAUACUUAGAAUGAUUCUUCAGUGUCCACCCAAAGCACGCAAAGCAGUCAUAAUGGAAACUGUCUUUGGUUCUUCUGAUUAA